GUCGGGGCCUUCCUCCCCCACUCGUGUAUUUGUGGAGAUCUCCAAUAAACUUGCUGCAGAAGAACCCUCAACCGGUGUCGUCUCUCUUUGCUGGCGAAGGGAAACCGAGACAACGCGAUUUACAACUGGUGCGAAACCCGGGACGCCGGACACCAUGAAGCAGAUGACCCGGUCCUUACCUCGGUGGCUGCCCAUUCUUCACCUUCUGACCAUCAUGAGACCAGCUUUGGCCGGCCUGGACGCGCCCGUGGACCCGUCCCGACUUCUGCAGAAGCUGUAUGGAGCCCCGUGCGAGUGCCGUGGAGGACAUCAGAGGGCACGCCCAGAAAGAUUCUCACAAUCAGUGGACUGUGGGACUCGGACUGCAUACUUAGCCAUGCUCACUAGCACACGGGGCGGGUUUACACAGUCCUGGCAAUGUGUGGAUAAGCCCAGGCUCACUAAACAGGGGGAUCCCUGUCCUACAAACUGUGUAAUAGUAGACCAGAUGAAUGCUAUGUGUUAUACCAGCUAUUCUGAAUGUACCCUAGGAGGAGCGAGGUAUUUUACUGCAAAGCCCCAUAUGUCUUACGAGGGAACGUUCGGGGGUGACUGGUCAGUCGUCCCCUCCAGCAGAGGGAACCCUAAGUAUGCUGCUGCCUCAUGCACGGCUCCAGUGGGAAGAGAUGCAUGCUGGCCCAUGCGAGCCCCCUUACACGUUUCCGAUGGAGGGCCUACAGAUAUGGUCCGGGAGGUGGCAGUGGGGCAGCAAAUUUAACAGCUGAUUCUUACCCAAUUUCCUCGGAUUGAAUAUCAUCCCCUGCUACUCCCGAAACCCCGGGGCAUGGAUUUGGAUCCAAGUACUGAGAACAUUUUGGCCGCCACACAUUCGGCACUGAAUGUUACUAACCCCACCCUGGCCGAGGACUGCUGGCUAUGCCUUCCAUAUGGUGACUCCUGGCCUUUGGCAGUGCCCUCUUUAGCUUAUGACUUCACCUCUCCUGCCAACUGCUCUGACACCCUUCCCAACCUUCCCUUUAAGGUACAGCCUCUUGGCUUUAAUUUCAGUCAUUGCUCCUAUAAGGUUGCUAAUAAUGAUUCUUAUGACAUUGAUGUAGGUGCGCUGUCUACCUCUGGGUGCGACCAGAUUAUUAAUACCACUGGCCCGCUGUGUGCAGGGACCAGCCACAUUUUUGUGUGCGGCAGCAAUCAGGCCUAUACCCUUCUCCCGCAGAACUGGACUGGCUUCUGUGGGCUAGCUAUGCUACUCCCUGAUAUUGAUUUCCUCAAAGGUGAUGAGCCAGUCCCCAUCCCAUCUAUAGAUCACAUUGUCCCUCGCCAUAAGCGAGCGGUGCAGUUCAUUCCAUUGCUACUGGGCCUGGGUGUCUCCGCGGCCGUGGGCACGGGUUCGGCGGGAUUGGCCACAGCCCUUUCCUCCUACUCCAAGCUGUCCCAACAACUAGCAGACGAUGUUACUAAAGUUUAUCAAUCCAUUAAGGAUCUCCAAGACCAAAUAGAUUCCUUGGCAGAAGUGGUACUCCAAAAUAGGAGAGGUCUGGACCUCCUCACUGCGGACAGAGGGGGAAUUUGCCUGACACUUCAGGAGAAAUGCUGUUUUUAUGCCAACAAGUCGGGUAUAGUGAGGGACCGGGUUAGAAAACACCAGGAAGAAUUAGAAAAAAGAAGACAUGAAUUUUAUGAGCGCCCAUUUUGGUCGGCUUGGGGGGGGUGUUGCCCUAUCUCCUCCCCCUUUUAGGGCCCCUGGUUGGAGUAUUAAUGCUGAUCUCUUUUGGUCCUUGGGCAUUCCAGCGCCUAACUCAGUUCAUAAAAGAUCAGGUGAAUGCCUUGACCUCACGCAAGGUGGAAGUGUACUAUCACCGCCUGGUGCAAGCCUACCCAGGGGAAGACUCUGUAUGAUACUUGUACAAUAUUCUGUUCUGCACCUCCGUAUAAUACCGUGCCUUGUUUUUGAUUGAAUCUUAGCAGAGUGUAAGCUGGCGUAGGUGAUGAUGCUUAGUCUUUUUAGAUCGUUUAGUCCCAAUGGUUGCUCAGCCUAGGUGGUCUGUCCCCCCGCCGGAGGCAUCGCCGCUUUAAAUCAAGCUGCUCCGUGCUUUCUUUUAUGCUGAGUGUAGCCCCUGCACACUUGGGAUCUGUGGAUCCAUUGCACGAGUUUGGAUGCACCGGCAAUGGUCUCAGGGAAGGGUGUCAGACUAGAUGGUACUGCACUAGGUCUCUCUCCUCCCUGACCCAGGGCGACGAGCCGCUUGCAUAGGGCCGCCAUCAAAACUUUGCCCUGCCUGGAAAAGCGGACGGCGGGACAGGAGGAGCCUCAUCGGAUCCUGAAGAGGGACCCGUUGAGGCCACCUCAGUCCCUGGUAUCUAUACAGGCAGUGGUGUCCGUCGCCCCCUUUCUCGCAGAGACCGGCUCCUUAGUAAAGAGAUAAGGGGGAGUUGUAGGGAGCCAGAGCACAUGGGGCAAAGAUGGCGCCGACAUCCGGCUGCCCUAGGUGGUAAACAACCUCCAGAGCGCGGGCCCCGGCAUCGCCCCACAUGGGGUGAUUGGAGGACAGCCAACUGGCGAGCAACACGUCAGAAGUGAGGGGUCUUCUCUAUAAGAAGGAUAUCGCUCUGAGGGUCGGGGCCUUCCUCCCCCCACUGGUGUAUUUGUGGAGAUCUCCAAUAAACUUGCUGCAGAAGAACUCUCAACCGGUGUCGUCUCUCUUUGCUGGCGAAGG